AUCUAGAGCACCAUUCUAAUAUUCCUCGUUAGCUUUUGAGCAACAACUCUUAAUUAAAAGCUUCAAGAUAUCAAGAUUGCCUGCAACUUCAAGAACAAGAAGCAGCUAGCCAAGCAGAUCUGAAUUGAAGCCAUGGGAGGUCAUGUGAGCAAGAAGCCAGCUGAAGCAUCUUCUAGUAUUAAUCUAAACAACAACCUACAAUAUACAACUGAAUUGAGCUCCUAUGAGGCUGCCUGCAGGCUUGAUGAGGACUUGCAAUCAUUUGACACCAGCCUCCAAGUUCGCACCAAUCAUGUUAUAAAUACUCUUGCUGUUGGUGUUGAGGUUCGAGCUCUUUCAUUCGAUUCCUUAAAAGAAGUAACUGAAUGUCUAUUGGAAAUGAAUCAAGAAGUUGUUAAAGUUAUUCUGGAGUGCAAGAAAGAUAUAUGGAAGAACCAAGAAUUGUUUGAACUUGUUGAGGAAUAUUUUGAGAAUAGCUUGCAAACUCUAGAUUUCUGUACUGCACUGGAGAAGUGCUUAAAGCGUGCCCGCGAUAGCCAGUUGCUUAUUCUUGUGGCAAUUCAACAGUUUGAAGAGGAAAGCGAGGCCGGAGGGAAUAGGUAUGUAAAAACCUUGGAAGGAUUGAAGAAUUUCAAGACAUCUGGGGAUCCUUUCACUGAGGAGUUUUUUCAGAUCUUUCAAUCUGUAUAUCGGCAACAGAUAUUGAUGCUUGAGAAACUGCAACUUAGAAAGAAUAAACUUGACAAGAAACUCAAGUAUAUUCAUGCUUGGAGGAAGGUUUCAGGCAUCAUAUUUGUUGCUACUUUUGCCUCUGUGUUGAUUUGCUCAGUCGUGGCAGCAGCUAUGGCUGCCCCUCCUGUUGCAGCUGCUCUUGCUGCUGCAACAUCAAUCCCAGUAGGGUCAAUGGGGAAAUGGAUUGAUUCACUAUGGAAGAACUAUGAAAAUGCAUUGAAGGGACAGAAGGAGUUGAUUAGCACAAUGCAGGUGGGCACUUACGUUGCUGUAAAAGAUUUGGACAACAUUCGGGUUCUCAUCAAUCGGUUAGAGAUUGACAUUGAAGCAUUGAUGCUAAAUGCAGAAUUUGCAAUUGAGGAAGAAGCUGUGAAAGUUGCAAUAGAGGAGAUUAAGAAGAAGCUGGAAGCGUUUAUGAAGCAUGUUGAAGAAUUGGGAGUACAAGCUGAUACUUGCAGCCGAGAUAUUCGAAGAGCAAGGACCGUGGUUCUGCAAAGGAUCAUCAAACACCCCAACAACUAAAGGGCUUCACUCGUUACUCUGUUUCGGCAGAAAUAGAAAUUUUUAAUUUCCAUUCAGAAAUAUGUUUAUUAUUUUAUUGUUGUAAUUAUGAAUUACCAUUUUAAUUUCUUGCUAAAAUAUGAUUGAUUCUUCAUCAGAA